CAAUUUGCAAUCCUUUCAUGUCUGGUGGUCAAGGCGCCAAUAAUCCUCCAGACCAGUAGAUGGCGAUAACUGUGCAUGAUACGUUAGAAGGAAGAACACGUUCAAGUUCCUGAUGCUCUGUUCUCCUGAAGCCAGCAGUGGUGUUUGACGCCAUCAAAUAUGCAGAUCUUUGUGAAAACCUUGACGGGUAAAACCAUCACCCUUGAGGUGGAACCCAGUGAUACUAUCGAGAAUGUGAAGGCCAAGAUUCAAGACAAAGAAGGUAUUCCUCCUGACCAACAGCGACUCAUCUUCGCUGGCAAACAGUUGGAGGAUGGCCGCACGUUGUCAGACUACAACAUUCAGAAAGAGUCCACUCUUCAUCUCGUCCUGCGUCUGAGAGGAGGUAUCAUCGAGCCUUCGCUGAGACAGCUGGCGCAGAAAUACAACUGUGACAAAAUGAUCUGCCGCAAAUGCUAUGCACGUCUUCACCCCCGUGCAGUCAACUGCCGCAAAAAAAAGUGUGGGCACACCAGCAACCUGCGCCCCAAGAAGAAGCUGAAGUAAACUAGCAUUCUCUUUUGUCAAUGUUUUCAAUAAUAAUAAAAUUGAAUUGGAAAGGGGGGCUGUCAUUCAUGCUGCCAUAAACCUUGACUUACUAUACAGAACAAGGCAAAUUUUCUGAUUAUUCCAUGUCCUUUAUUUUUAUUUUUUACAAUUUCUUUGAACAAGGCUCAUUAAAAAUGCAACAUUUUGCUCCA